AUGUAUGUUAUUCUUGGAUACACAAAUGAGUUAUCCAAGUGUUUGCACAGAAGGGAUCAAGAUAUUCUUAAUGCAAUCUCCCUUGUUAAUGUGGCAAAGAACAAAAUGCAACAAUUGAGAUCUGAUGGUUGGGAUCACUUCCUUAAGAGGGUCACUUCUUUUUGCAUUAAACAUGAUGUUGAAGUUCCUGCUAUGGAUGGUGAUUAUGUGCCGUAUGGAAAACCAGCAAGGUAUGCCCGUGCCCAAAACCAAACAAAUGAUGACCAUUUUAGAAGAAAAGUAUAUAUUGGUGUCAUUGAUCAAAUUAGUCAAGAGCUUGAUAAUCAGUUUGAUGAGAUCAAUAUGGAGCUACUUUCUUGUAUGUCAGCCUUCAGUCUUUCCAAUUCAUUUGCUUCAUUUGAUGCACAGAAGGUAUGUAGAUUGACUGAAUUUUAUCCUAAGGACUUCUCCAACAAUGAUUUGCUAAAAUUUGAAUUGCAACUUGAUAAUUAUAUUGAUGACAUGCGACAAAAUGAUAGCCUCAAGGGUCUAGACAACACCGUUGAUCUCUCAGUUAAGCUUGUUCAAACACAGAGGCACAAAGUGUAUGAUAUAGUUUACUUGCUUUUCAAAUUGAUAUUGCUUUUACCAAUGGCAACAGCGAGUGUUGAAAGGGUAUGUUCUGCAUUGGUUAAAGUGAAAAUAAAGUCAAGGAAUAGGCUAGGUGAUAGUGUUUUGGAUGAUUGUCUAGUCACAUUCAUUGAGCGGGAUAUUUUCUUCCAAGUGAAUGAAGAUGAUAUAAUCAAGAUAUUCAUGUCAUUCAAAAAGCGGCGGGUGAACAAAGCAAAUAAGUAA